GCUGCCUUUUCGUUCUCUGACCUUCCAAGGCAAGUUAUUUAUUGUUCUUUCUCCUUUCAAAACCCUAAUUUCUCAUUUCAAUUACCAUCUUGAUUGUUGAAUCAUAGGCCUAUUUCUACGAGAUCAGUUUCAUCGCUAAUCAAUCAGUAAAAUGUCUCUAGCGGUGAAUUUUCCGAGGGAAGGACAUGGUUUCCCUGGUGCUUAUUGGUCCACCUUUGGUGUAAAUAACUGUGGCAAUACCAAUAGAAAGAGAAGUAGGAAUAGCUACAAUAAUUGGAAUUAUGGAAAUUACUAUGACUACUGGGCAAAAUGUGGGGAGCACAGUGGCAAUUCUAAUUUUCACAGGGCAGAUUAUCCUACGUAUAUGAAGCUAAAAAAUGCCGCUCAGUCAUCACUGAAGAGGAGGAAACAUUCAGCUUCUACUUGGGAAAACUGCUGGAGGUACUAUCUUCCAACCACUGUUCAUGACAGUGUCCCUUCUACAUCAGCUAGUUGCAAGCUUGAAUGCUCUAGAUUCGAAGACGAAGACCUAGUAUUUCUUUCAAAGGAUGAGAUUGAUAGAUUCUCACCAUCAAGACAAGAUGGUAUUGAUGCACUUCACGAGACAAACUUGCGUUAUUCGUAUUGUGCCUUCCUUCAGGAUCUUGGAAUGCGGCUGGAGCUGCCUCAAACUACCAUUGGGACAGCCAUGGUUCUGUGCCAUCGUUUUUUCGUUCGAAGAUCACAUGCUUGCCAUGACAGAUUUUUGAUUGCUACUGCCACGCUUUUUCUUGCCUCAAAGUCUGAGGACACACCGCGUCCCUUGAACAAUGUUUUACAGGCGUCUAGUGAAAUCUUACACCAGCAAAAUUAUGCUUUUCUGCCUUAUCUUCCUGUGGAUUGGUUUGAACAAUAUCGUGAACGGGUGCUUGAGGCUGAGACAUUGAUACUGACUACUUUGAACUUUGAACUCAAUGUGCAGCAUCCAUAUGCCCCGCUUACUUCUGUUCUUACCAAAUUAGGCCUAUCACAGACUGCUUUAGUGACUCUGGCAUUACAAUUAAUAAGUGAUGGGGUCUUCACAAGAUUAACAUGCUGGCCUGUAUGAUAUUCUUAGCUGGAGGGUUGAUCAUUGAUAUGCUGUUCUUGGAAAGUUUUGUUUUGCAUCUGAUGUAGAACUGCUGAUGUCUAAUGGUUUGCUUAGCCUCUGGUUAUGUGCCAUCCCAUAACUUAGUUUUGGGGCUACCCAAGAUAGUCACAGUACCCCAACCCACCUUUUUUAUCCAACCCUCAAUCCUUAUGCCGGAGACCUUUAGCCAAUGGCUUAUCUGUACCUCCUCAAUUUUUUAGUAGAUUCUUUGCAGUUAUGUUGUCAGAAAGAAAGUGAUCAAAGAAGUGAGACUCUUUAUGGGACCCACCCUCUCUUUUCACCCAUUCUCCUUACGCCUCAUCUUUGUCUAGAUAUAUUAUACGGUCGCUUCUAUUACUGUAGAGGAUCUUGUAUUUUUGUGGGGUGGAGGCAAUUGUGUCUAUAUAAACGUGGGUGAAAAGAAGAUCAUGGUCUGAAGACCAUGUUGGUCUGAUUAGAUCUGAUAAUCCAAAACCAGAAAAAGAGAAAUGUGACAAACAACUUGUAAAAUUUGGAUGUAGAUGAUUUUUCUACAAUCUGAAUCAAUAAUAAAAUUAUUCAAAAGUGGGCAUUUGUA